AUGACAUCACAUAAAUUUAUAAAACAUUUUCGAGAUUUACAAGCCGGUGAAAAUGAAAAAGCUGGAGCAGCCGAAACACUUGCUUAUCUUAAUGGUGAAUUAUCAUUUCAAGAAUAUGAGAAACGUGUACGUGAAGUAAAUACGGAUUAUUCAAAUGUAUCUGUUGGUAAAAUUCUUAAUACACGUGAAACUGAAAUAGUUGAUAUUGAUAAAUUAAUUGAUGAAUUAAGUGAUAUUGAUGAUUUAAGUGGAUUAAGUAGUAGUAUAAGUGAUAAUUCUGAUGCAUCUCAACAUGAUAAUGAAUUAUUAAAAAGAAAAAAAAAAAAAAAUGAAAAUGAAUCUAAUAUAAAAUAUCGUCAACGAAAAAAAGCAAAACAAGAUUCAGAUGAAAAUUCUGAUGAUGAUGAUGAUGAUGAUGAUGAUGAAAAAAAACCUAUUGAUCAAAAUGAAAUACGUAAUAAAAUAGUAAAAGAUCUUGAAUUAAUGCGUUUAGCUAAACAAAAAAAGAAAAAACAAUCAAAUAAAUCAAAAUCUUCAACAGCACGUAAACGUCCUUUAUCAUCAUCUGAAAAAGUACCAAAAAGUCGUCUUAAUCAAGAAUAUCAAGCAUUAAUGGGUGAAGCUAAUAUGGCUUAUGUUCAUGGUGAUAUACAAAAAGCAAUAAGAAUAUGUCAAGAAGUAAUUACAAAUGUUCCAAAUGCUGCUGAACCUUAUUUAACAAUUGCACGAAUUUAUGAAGAUCAAAAUGAUCAUAAUAAAGCAUUUGAAAUGAAUUUUGUUGCUGCUCAUUGUCAACGUUCAAAAGAUUUAUGGCUUCGAAUGCUUACUGAAUGUCAACAACGUAAAGCUGAUGAUUUAAUAACAACUUGUUAUAAUAACCGUUUCUAUAAUGUUCUUGUAUCAAAAAUUAUUUAA